AGUCUCUUAUAAUCGCGACGGAUUCGCUUAAUAAAUUUCCAUACCUACUACGUGUCUGUGUGCGUGUGUGUUAGCGUUUCAAUCACAGCCAAGUUAACGAGAAAAUGGCAAGCCAAUUUUUGACGGCACUUUCGCUGAUGGCGCUCACUGGCGGUUGUCUGGGUGGCUUUGCAGCCACAUACGCUGGUUACCAUCCUGGCUUUGCCACCUAUCAGGCAGCUCCAACUGUUUACCAUGCGGCGCCAGCUGCUGCUGUCUAUCAUCACCAGGCGGCUGCUCCAGUUUACACCAAGUCCUAUGCUGUGGCCACACCCUUUGUUAAGGCUGUUGCUCCGGUCGCUGCUGUUGCUCCCGUUGUAAGCACCUAUGCUGCCCCCGCUCCCGUUGUGAAAACCGUUGCUCCGAUUGUCAAGCAGGUGGAACUGGAGUCGGCUCCCCGUUAUGAUUUCUCUUAUGGCGUGCAUGAUUCACUCACCGGCGACAUUAAAAGCCAGGUGGAGAGCCGUGAUGGCGGCAAUGUGGUCGGCUCCUACAGUGUGCUCGAUGCCGAUGGUUUUAAGCGGACGGUAACCUACACCGCCGACGAUAUCAAUGGCUUCAAUGCGGUGGUGCAGCGUGAGCCUGUGGUUGCUGCCCGUGCCACCGUUGUGGCUCCAGUUGCCGCCGCUCCCGCUCCUGCUGUGCUCCCCGCGCCCAUCUACUACCCUCAAGCCCAGCAGCAACUGUUCCAACCACAGCAGCAACUGUUCCAACCACAGCAGCAGUUGUUCCACCCACAGCAGCAACUUUUCCAGCCACAACAGGUUAAUGCCGAGCAGGAGAGCGAAGUUGUGGAGGCACCACGUCAACCUGAACAGGAGCCAGCACCCAUUGAGUACGCCGAGGAGCAACAGCAGCAGCAGCAGCAGCAACAGGAGCAACAGGCGAUUUAUCCACAGGAUCAGCAAUUCCCACCUUAUCCAUCAGCUACUCCUGCGCCAGUUGCCUCCUCUCCCUCCGACGACGAUUCGGAUUCCGAUGUGGUGGAAGCACGCUCCGCGAGCAGCCAGGAAACCACCACAGCCAGCACCACAGCAGCACCAGCUCCCGUUAACGAGGACAACAAGGAGCAGGACAAGAAGUCGGCAUAGAUUUUGAUUAUUUUCAGCUACUGACAAUUCCCAUUAUAUUUCGUUAAAAUUAAAAGCGCCUACAAGAAAUUAAA